AGGUCACAAAACUAGUUAACCAACAUUUCAAUUUGGUACACCUACAAGGAAGGCAAUACUAGGAGUGGCAGUUUUCAAUAAUCCUCCUGUCGAAGCACAAGGAAGAAUGAAGGCAGAAGAAGAAGGAGGCCUAAAGCUCUUCACCAACAAACCCAAGAAAGCGCAACUAAAAGCAAAGGAUUUGUCUUCACCAACAACAGCAACAGGGACAUCAUCAUCAUCUGCUGCUGCAGCUGCAUCAUACAAAAUGGGGUCUCAGUCUACCGCACCUCCACCACCCCCUCAGCCUCCUAAGGAGUCUUUCGCUAGGCGUUACAAGUUCCUUUGGCCCCUUAUUUUGACUGUCAAUCUCAGUGUUGGAGCUUACUUGUUCAUGAGAACGAAGAAAAAGGAUACAGUUCAAGAGGAGGAAGUUUCAAGCAAAAUUCCCUCAUCCACUCCUAGUACAACCGCUCCAGUUUCUGAGACACCCAUACCAUCACCUGCCAUUUCUGAAGUAGUGAAGCUAUGUGAACCUAUUCGAGAGGAUCAGCAGCGUGAACUAUUCAAGUGGAUUUUGGAAGAAAAAAGAAAAGUGAAACCAAAAGAUUCAGAAGAGAGAAAGCGCAUUGAUGAUGAGAAAGCUAUUCUCAAACAAUUCAUUCGAGCAAAAUCCAUCCCAAGCAUCUAAGUCGAUCAUGCUUCUCUUCCAAUUCACAUCAUUAGGAAUGGAUUUUUUUUUAUUGACUUUUGUGCAAUGGAAAGAAAUCUUGGAUUUCAACCACCAGGUGGCAGGAGUUUCAUGUAAAGAUGCUGAAGGGCAUGACUGUCCUAAAUUCAUCCUCCUUCGACUCCAUUUUAGUUGGGCCAUAACUAGGUGGUGGCCUCUUUAUCGGUUGUGAUUCUGUAAUUUAGCAAUUGCUAUCUGCAUGCUGAAUAUCGAUAUGCAUUAACAGUCCUCCUUGUAGAUGAAUUUUCUACAGCUUUGAUCAUCUUAAUAAAUUGCAGUCUUUUGUGAUUA